GGCUCGCGGGUGUAACACCCCAGAGAUGUCGGGCAUCUCAGCCCAUGCCCAGCCUGGCGGGGCGAGCUGACGCCCAGCCUGGCGGCACGAGCACGAGCCGGUGCCAGCCUGGCGGAAUGAACGCGAUCCGCUCCCCAGCCAUGUUGAAACCCCGGGAGAGUUCCACAGCGCGGUAUCCAGGACGCGGGCCGUCCCUUGGCCGUGUCCAAGCAUCCGGGAAGGUCCACGGCGUGGUGGCCAAAGGCCACUACGGCAUCAUGUAUAUCUAGGGCCCGCAAGACUCCCUGUAAAGGGGUCUGGAGGGCAAGCAACCGUUUUUGUUUUUGUUUUCCUAUUCAAUGCUGCCAGGCACCUUCUGCUGUACACAACGUUGACCCGCACGUUUCCUCGAGACCGCUGAGUGACCUGAACCUCUGAGAUCUCCCAGCGAGAACCCCUUCCUCUGCACAGCACGUUACAGCGGGGCCCGUAUGCGCGAGGGCCGGAUAU